ACACAAUUGCUGAUUCCCAUUAUUCCAUUAUUUGAUUAUGCAAAUGGAUCCUUGGCUUAAAGCGUUGCAGCUUCAUCGACAAAGGAAGAAGAGAACAGAAGGGAAAGCUUCAAGUCAAGGAAGAAGCUGGGAAGACAACAACUUCGAACUAGAACAAAGUGACAGAGACCAUAGAAAGUUCACAAGUCGUCGUUUUGAGACCACUCUUGAACGUCCUUCUCUGGACGAUGAAACUGCAGUUUCUGUCUCCGAAUCCAAAGAUUAUGAGAGAAAAAGACGGAGAAGAGUUAAAGAUUUUCAUGACGAGGCACUUUCGGAGUCACACGAAAGUGGUCAUCUUGCCGGUGAGAACGGAAAGAUGGCCCCUAAACGUUCGGACUACUUUGAAAAGAACGGAUUGGCCCAAGAACAGUCGCUUAAGGACAAUACGGUUGCUCGUAGCCAUUGUGCUCUUUCAGAAGACUCGUCAGAGUGUAAUACCGCGGUUGAAGCAUCGACGCAGUCUUCUGCAAAGGGUCGACAGGUUUGUUAUUACCCGCAAAGGACAGGCCAAGAAUCAGGAGCCGUUGCAGAAAAGGCUUCUACAGAAGAACACCAAAAACUUUUAGAGGAGCUGAGAAGAAUUGAAGAGGAGCUAGAAAAGGCUAGAGCUUGGGCGACAACAUAGACUGUUCUUUGAAGAUAACUUGUCUUUGACUACUUCGUUUGCUGUGCGCCACUCUUAAUUAUUCCCCGCGCUCCGUAGUUUCGAAAAUUUCGAGUUGCAAGUUUGAAGUUUUCACGAACGGUUCCAGUUGUGUACCGGAGGUUUGCUACUGGUUUUGUUCUCUGUCGCAUCUUCUUCUUGGGUUCGCUUUUACAUCGGACGGCCGACAGCUAUUUUUUCUAUUUUGGACCUAAAAACUGGUGACUAGUAUGAUUUGAUUUCUAUUCAGCUGAAGGAGUACUGGGUCCUUUGUUAUUUUGUAGUUUCUUCUUUCGGUUGAAGUCAAGAAUUUGGUUCUUAUUUUUACGUCGAGCAUUCUACAUAAAAAGAAACAAAGAAGUUGGAGAGUUUUAAAAUUUACUUUAUUCGUAUAAACAUUCGUUCCUUUGGAUUGCCAGUCGAAAGUAUUUCUUCUUGUUGUAACGCUUGUUACUUUCUUGUUUCCAUUGGUCGGUGACAGCAGUGAAUGGCCUGUAACCUUCGCACGUGUAUUUUCUUGCAAGUGAACUCUAGAACUAGUUCUAGUUAUCCUUCAUCAUCCAAGAGUGUUGCCCAAGUAGAAGUAUGCAACUUGUCUUUUCUCUAUAAAAAGUUGCUGAUAGGA